UGCCCUUAUUUCUUCACGAAAAAGCCAGGUUAAUUUGCAGUCUUUGCUGUUCCCGCUUCUCAAGCUUGAAGCUUCUCCGAUCGGGCAAAAAAAAGAAAAAAAGAAAAAAAAGAGAACAAACAGAAACUGAGAAGAGCAAAGGAAAGGGAAGGAUAGAAUGAAGAUAGAAGAGGUUCAAUCAACGGCCAAAAAGCAGAGAGUCGCUACUCACACUCACAUCAAAGGCCUUGGUCUCGAUGUCAGUGGAAAUGCCAUUCCUUUAGCUGCAGGAUUUGUUGGUCAAGCAGAGGCAAGGGAAGCAGCCGGUCUGGUGGUGGAUAUGAUAAGGCAGAAAAAGAUGGCUGGCCGUGCACUUUUGCUGGGUGGGCCUCCUGGUACUGGGAAAACAGCUUUAGCCUUAGGAAUAUCCCAAGAACUUGGGAGCAAGGUUCCGUUCUGUCCAAUGGUUGGAUCUGAAGUAUACUCAUCAGAAGUAAAGAAAACAGAAGUUUUGAUGGAAAAUUUCCGACGGUCUAUUGGUCUACGGAUCAAAGAAAAUAAAGAGGUCUAUGAAGGAGAGGUUACUGAACUCUCUCCUGAAGAAACAGAGAGUGUAACAGGUGGUUAUGGUAAAAGCAUUAGCCAUGUUGGAUUGAAAACUGUCAAAGGAACAAAACAACUGAAAUUGGACCCUACUAUUUAUGAUGCCUUGAUUAAAGAAAAGGUUGCUGUUGGAGAUGUUAUAUAUAUUGAAGCAAAUAGUGGAGCUGUCAAAAGGGUGGGCAGAAGUGAUGCUUUUGCCACAGAAUUUGACCUUGAGGCAGAAGAAUAUGUGCCGCUUCCCAAAGGAGAGGUUCACAAAAAGAAGGAGAUAGUGCAGGAUGUAACACUACAUGAUUUGGAUGCUGCCAAUGCACGACCACAAGGGGGGCAAGACAUAUUAUCUCUAAUGGGUCAGAUGAUGAAGCCCAGGAAGACUGAAAUCACUGACAAAUUACGACAAGAAAUAAAUAAGGUUGUUAACCGUUAUAUUGAUGAAGGUGUUGCAGAGCUUGUUCCAGGAGUUUUAUUCAUUGAUGAGGUUCAUAUGCUGGACAUGGAAUGUUUUUCAUACUUGAAUCGUGCUUUAGAGAGCUCACUAUCUCCUAUAGUAAUUUUUGCUACAAAUAGAGGAAUAUGUAAUGUAAGGGGUACUGAUAUGAAUAGUCCUCACGGCAUUCCUGUCGAUUUAUUGGACAGAUUGGUUAUUGUCCGCACUCAGAUUUAUGGUCCUGCUGAAAUGAUACAGAUACUAGCCAUCCGUGCACAGGUGGAAGAACUUAUUGUGGAUGAAGAAAGUCUGGCAUUCCUUGGAGAGAUUGGACAAAGCACAUCUUUAAGGCAUGCAGUUCAACUGUUAUCACCUGCUAGCAUUGUGGCAAAAAUGAAUGGCCGAGACACCAUUUGCAAGGCGGAUCUUGAAGAAGUAAGCGAGCUAUACAUAGAUGCCAAGUCUUCAGCGAAAAUUCUUCAAGAGCAGCAGGAAAAAUUCAUUUCAUGAUAAUCAUGUUUAAUGUUAUACUUUCUUCUUCCCCUGCUGUUUUAGCUUGAAUUUGUUGUGCAUUCCUGCACUUUGUUUUGAGUAAGCCCCCUUUUCAAUUGAUAGGUAUAGAAAAUUGAAGGGUCUAACCUUUAGGGCACUGCUUUGGUUUGUGGAUUGAUCGUUAGUAAUGUGAAAUGCAAGAUGAGUAAGAUUAUUUGUUGA